AUGCCCGCCCCUCCACCUCCUCCACCACCUCCUCCGAUGCCGGGCUUUGGAGGUCCGCCGCCGCCUCCCCCGCCUCCUGGAGCUGGCAACCUUCCUGCUAGACCGCCGGCAGCUGCCGCAAAGGGAAGAGGAGCGCUCCUGGGCGACAUAGAGAAGGGCGCGCGGUUAAAGAAAGUUACACAAAUCAAUGACCGGUCCGCGCCUCUAGUAGGCAAAGUGUCAGAUGGCCCAGCAGCAACUCCAAUGGGCGCCGCCCCCCCAGUACCAGGCAUGCCGAGACCACCAGGCGGACUCGCACCACCGACGCCAGGAUCAGCAAGUCGAGCGCGGAGUAACAGCGAUGCCGGCGAUGGUGGAGGAAUGGCAGCCGCGCCGCAACUGGGCGGACUUUUUGCAGGGGGAAUGCCCAAGCUACGAAAGUCAGGGGGCGUCAACACCGGCGCGAGCACCCAGUCUCCAUACCUCUCCGACCCGGAAACAUCACGAAGCUCAGCACCCCGACCACCAGGAGGUGCUGCGCCGAAGCCGCCUGGCGCGCCUCGAAUGCCGGGAGGAGCGGCGCCUCCACCACCCCCCAACCCAGCAGUCCCCGCGUUCAAGAACAACCUCCGACCGACCGGCCUCUCAUCAGCAGCUUCAGCGCCAAACAUACCCAAGUCAAAGCCGCCACCUCCGAUAGUCGGCAAGAAGCCCCCAAUACCACCACCCGCAUCCCGCAAACCAUCCGGAACCGCUCCUCCUCCUCCGCCGCUACCUCACUCCGUCUCAUCACCACUCGCCCACCGGCCUUCCCUACCGUCCUCAAUAUCAACCGCGUCGGUACCGCCUGCCCCUCCGCCUCCACCACCAUCAGCAGCCCCCAGACCCCCACCCAUGCAGAUGCGGUCAACCCCUCCCCCGCCGCCCUCUCUUCCCCCAACAAACGGCGCACACACCCCCUCCCUAGCUGAACGAGCCGCCCGCAACGCCUUCAGAGGAGUAUCGCCAGCCGCGCCUCCUCCACCACCACCUCCUCCUCCAACAGCAUCUCCGCCACCGCCUAGCCCAGCACCCCACGCACCAAGCGCGCCUCCACCACCUCACCUCCCGCGCAUGCCCUCACCCGCUGCGCCCGCGCCACCACCGCCUCCUCCACCGCCUACGGCCGCGCCAUCACGUCCGCCAACGCAGACGCCAGGGCGGAGCAUGCUCGACCUAGAUGCCUCGGCCUUCACGCUCACGCCCAACGGAGGCGCGCCGGCAUCAGGCUACUUCGGUGGCCGAGAUGCCGCCGCCGGGAUCAGCAGUCCUGGGCGCGGAGCCGGCGCGGGGACGGCCAGCGUGCUCAGGAUCAACGACUCGAGAUGGAAGUUCCAGGAUGAGGCGCAGCUGCCCAAGCCGAGGGAGUUUGUGGGCGGGCCCAAGAGGUAUAGGGCUGGGAGGGGGAGUACGGUACCUUUGGACUUGGGGGCUUUUGAGUGA